AUGGGAAAGGAAAAGUCUGAUAUAUAUUCAGUGGAGAUCCAUGGAAUAAAGGAUCUGGAUGACACUGGCAAAAUAAAUGAAAAGGAAAAGCACAAUGAUGAGAAAGGAAACAAGAAAAAGGGCAAGAAAACUGAAGACCUCAAGAAAGAGUUGGAUCUGGAUGAUCAUAAACUCAGCAUCCAAGAACUGGAAGAAAAAUAUGGCACAAGUAUCAUUAAAGGUCUUACAUCUACAAGGGCAGCAGAGAUUCUGGCCCGAGAUGGUCCCAACUGCCUAACGCCCCCCAAAUCAACCCCUGAAAUAAUCAAAUUUCUAAAGCAGAUGGUAGGAGGGUUUUCCAUCCUUCUGUGGGUUGGAGCGAUCCUCUGCUGGAUUGCCUUUGGAAUUCAAUAUGCCCAGCAAGUUACAUCGGCAUUUGACAAUCUUUACUUGGGUGUGGUCCUGGCACUCGUCGUGAUCCUUACUGGAAUGUUUGCUUAUUAUCAAGAGGCAAAAAGCACAAACAUAAUGGCCAGCUUCAGUAAAAUGAUUCCGCAGCAAGCGCUUGUCCUCAGAGAUGCAGAGAAAAAAGAAAUCCCAGCUGACCAACUUGUGGUGGGUGACAUUGUUGAAAUCAAAGGUGGAGACAGAAUUCCAGCUGACAUACGACUUAUCGCCAGCCAAGGCUGUAAGGUGGAUAACUCUUCCCUCACUGGGGAGUCAGAGCCACAGGCCCGGUCUUGUGAAUUCACUCACGAAAACCCCCUGGAGACCAAAAAUAUUGCUUUCUAUUCAACAACGUGCUUGGAAGGAACUGGUACUGGUAUAGUAAUCAACACAGGGGACAACACCAUAAUCGGAAGGAUCGCUUCACUGGCUUCUGGCGUUGGGAAUGAGAAGACACCCAUUGCCCUUGAGAUUGAGCAUUUUGUCCACAUUGUGGCUGGAGUAGCUAUCUCCAUAGGGGUGCUUUUCUUCAUCAUUGCUGUCUCUAUGCACUACCACGUUCUGGACUCCAUUAUCUUUCUCAUUGGCAUUAUUGUGGCCAAUGUGCCUGAGGGGCUGCUAGCUACAGUUACGGUGAGUUUGUCUUUGACGGCAAAGAGAAUGGCCAAAAAGAACUGCCUGGUGAAGAAUCUAGAAGCUGUGGAGACACUGGGCUCUACAUCUAUCAUCUGCUCUGACAAAACCGGAACCCUUACACAGAACAGGAUGACGGUAGCCCAUCUUUGGUUUGAUCAUGCCAUCUACUCAGCUGACACCAGUGAAGAUCAGACAACCCAGACUUUUGACCAGACAUCUGAGACUUGGUCGGCACUGUCAAAGAUUGUAGCUCUGUGUAAUCGGGCAGAAUUCAGAUCAGGACAGGACAAUUUGCCAAUCAUGAAGCGAAUUGUGGUAGGGGAUGCCUCAGAAACAGCUCUGCUGAAGUUCUCUGAAGUUGCUCUGGGUGAUGUGAUGGAUAUUCGGAAAAGACAUAAGAAAGUGGCUGAGAUUCCCUUUAAUUCUACUAAUAAGUUUCAGCUCUCCAUCCAUGAGAAUGAUGACCCCAAUGAUAAACGUUUCCUGCUGGUGAUGAAAGGUGCCCCUGAAAAGAUUCUGGAGAGGUGCAGCACCAUGAUGAUGAACGGAAAAGAGGAGCCACUAGAUGAGGAGAAAGCAGAGGCUUUCCAAACAGCUUAUAUGGCUCUGGGAGGCAUGGGAGAGAGAGUACUUGGUUUUUGUCACCUGUAUUUGCCAGAGGAAGAAUUUCCAGAAACCUACCAAUUUAAUACUGACACCAUGAAUUUCCCUACUUCCAAUCUUUGCUUUGUGGGCCUCAUGUCAUUGAUUGACCCCCCUCGAUCCACUGUGCCAGAUGCUGUCAUCAAAUGCCGAAGUGCUGGGAUCAAGGUGAUCAUGGUGACAGGUGACCAUCCAAUCACGGCCAAAGCCAUUGCUAAAAGUGUAGGCAUCAUUUCAGCCACCAGUGAGACAGUGGAAGACAUUGCUAAGCGACUCAACAUUCCAGUCGAGCAGGUGAACAAGAGGGAGGCCAGAGCUGCUGUAGUUAAUGGAAUGGAGCUGAAAGAUAUGACCUCAGAACAGCUGGAUGACAUCCUGGUCAACCAUUCAGAAAUAGUAUUUGCUCGCACGUCACCACAACAGAAACUGAUCAUAGUGGAGGGUUGCCAAAGACAGCAAGCAGUUGUUGCAGUGACUGGCGAUGGCGUCAAUGAUUCCCCAGCUCUGAAGAAAGCUGAUAUAGGAAUUGCAAUGGGCAUCGCUGGAUCAGAUGCAGCUAAGAAUGCAGCAGAUAUGAUCUUGCUGGAUGACAAUUUUGCUUCUAUUGUCACAGGAGUGGAGGAAGGUCGCUUGAUCUUUGACAACCUGAAGAAAACCAUUGCCUACACUUUGACCAAAAAUAUUGCGGAGCUGUGUCCUUUCCUGAUUUACAUUAUUGCCAGCAUCCCUUUGCCUAUUGGGACAAUCACUAUCCUCUUCAUUGACCUGGGGACAGACAUUAUCCCUUCAGUUGCAUUGGCUUAUGAAAAAGCCGAAAGUGAUAUCAUGAAAAGGAAGCCGCGGCAUAAGAAAAGGGACCGGCUAGUCAACCAAGAGCUUGCAGUAUACUCCUACUUACAAAUUGGCAUUAUACAGACAAUUGGAGCCUUUCUGACCUAUUUUACUGUUUAUGCUGAGCAAGGCUGGCUCCCUCAUUCACUCCUCAACAUCCGAACAGAAUGGGAAAAUACAUCGAUUGAUGACUUGCCAGACAGCUAUGGACAAGAAUGGACUUUUGAGCAGCGGCGAAACCUGCAGUACCAUGGCUACACAGCCUUUUUUGUCAGCAUCACUAUUCAGCAAGUGGCAGAUCUGAUCAUCAGGAAAACAAGACGGAAUUCCAUUUUCCAGCAAGGGCUUUUCAGGAACAAAGUUAUAUGGCUGGGCAUAAUCUCACAGAUAGGGAUUGCCUUGAUUCUCUGUUAUGGCCUUGGAAGUGUAAAUGCCUUGAACUUCACACCCCUCCGGGUCCAGUAUUGGUUUGUUGCUAUGCCUUUUGCCUUCUUGAUAUGGGUCUAUGAUGAAAUUCGUAAGCUGUUCAUCAGGCGGUACCCAGGAAGUUGGUGGGAUAAAAAUAUGUAUUACUGA